AGUAAAAGAGCGAGCGAGAGCGGCUAAACAACCAAAAUAAAAUUACGUGAAAUUAUAAAUAAAAAAUACGGAAAUACACGUUCAGCAACCGACCAGCCAAGUACAACAAAGCAACGCUGUAAAAACUGACAACACAUUUUAGUUUAUUCCGCCUCGUGCCAUGUGAGCAACUUUAAAUUGAAAUCAAAUCGGAAUCAGUGUGCGGGUGCUAAUUAGCGGAAGACGGCAAUUUAUUGAACGCGAAAAAAUCCCCACAAUCUAACUUCCAUUUCGACACGAAACCAAACCGCCAAAUCAAAUCGCAGUCGAAUUCUGCAUCAAAUGAAUGUGCGAAAAGUGCAAUAAAUCAAUGGUUUUGGGAGAGUUAAAAGAAGAAGACGGAAGCAGUGCCCACCACAACAAAAGCAAAGAGCACCAUACCUAACGGGACAAUCAAAUCCAAAACUUAUCGCCACUACGAGACCAUCCUACUAGCUAUAGAUUCAGUUCAUACAUAUCUCGGAAAAUGGACGAGGUCUUCAGCCUGCACAUGGAGAAAUUGGACGUUUACGACGUUCUCCUUUUGGCCGGCAUUCUCUCCGUGAUAAUUCUGAUCUGUAUUUAGUUUAAAUUGGAUCGCAAUCGAACUAAAAUGCAGAAGAGAACACGAAAACAGCGAUGUAUUCGUCGAUUUGUUGUGAAAUUGAACGAUAGAACAGCUGUUCAUUUGCCAUCACAGUGCUGGAAAGUACGCUGCCUACACUGCCCAUCCAACAAACAGUUAGCGGUAUUAUUAAAUUAAAUGAAUUGCAUGUUGAAAAUCAAAAUUAAAAUUCAUCCAAAAUAAUAGCCAUGGAAUGCUAUGCAAAAACUGUCAACCAGACACUAUUUUUGGUUUGCUCAGACGUUCACUUUUUAAUUUCUCAACUGUUUAUACAAUUUAUUUGUAAAGACUGAUUGCUUGUACGUAGAUGUAGUUUAAUGCAAUAAAAUUAAAUGAAAUGUA